AUGAAGGACCUCUACACGUUUGACUCCACAGAAGUUGAAGCAAUGAAGACGUAUAAUACGGUGAAAGAAGCUUAUGUGCACCUUUUUGAGGAACUAAAACUGCCAUACGUCGUAGCCUCAGCGGCUUCUGGCAAUAUGGGAGGCAACUUAAGCCACGAAUUCCAUUUCCCUAGUCCAAAGGGAGAGGAUACUAUCGUCAGCUGCUCCAGUUGUGAAUAUGUCUUCAACGAGGAGUUGGCGAGCGGGAAGUGUUCUAAUAAUCAUGCUAAGGAUAAACCUACAGCUGACUCUAAAUCUGCAUCUACGUCCGACGGGUUGGGUCGGCAGGAGGCAUCGGCGAUCUCAACUGGUCAAUGGACAUCCAUCUCAAAGGACAGAAAGGUCUUAGUGAGGGCCUUCUAUCCCAAAUUCCUUAUUACAGAUGGGGAAUCAGAACCCGCUCAACGGGAGGUGAACCAGCAUUCUUUAAAAUCGAUUCUAUCUGCCUAUGGAAUCGACCUUGAUAUCGGCGUGAAGGAUGCACUUGCUGCUUGGAAAGGUGAGAUCCAAAAACAACCUCUGACAACAGAGCAAAAUAUACGAGUUGUGGACGUUUAUGAUGCACGAGUCCGUGUUUAUGACCGGCCACCAAUCAAGGAGCUUUUGGAGGGAGUGCCCAGUGGUGACCUAAAUAUCCGUUCCUCGUUACUCGACCGCUUCCCCGGAACCGAGACUGGUCUUGACUUACUUCGGGCCAGAGCAGGUGACCAGUGUCCUAUCUGUGGGGAGCCAACGCUUAAGCCUGACCAGGCCAUAGAACUCGCUCACACUUUCCAUCUUGGAACGCGAUAUAGUGAUGUGUUGCAGGCAAACGUGGCCGUCAACCCUGCAAUCUUAGAGGAAGCUGGGAAGAAGGGACACACAGAAAUGGUCCCUGUACAGAUGGGGUGCCAUGGAAUUGGGGUUUCUCGAAUGAUAUCUGCGGUAUCAGAUAUCCUUGCGGAUGACAAGGGACUCAACUGGCCACAAGCCAUAGCUCCUUUCCAGGUUGCAGUUGUACCUGCCAAGGGACUCGAAAAAGAAGCGGAACUCGUCUACGAUUCAGUUGUUGGGCGAAAUGGCGAGUCCGUAGACGCAAUUCUGGACGAUAGAAGCAAAGAUUUCAUCUGGAAGUUGAGAGAUGCCGAUCUCGUGGGAUACCCCAUUAUUUUGGCCGUUGGAAAGAAAUCAUGGAAUUCCGGGAACCAGGUAGAGGUUCAAUGUCGACGACUUGAUAAUCUUCGAACCACUGUUUCCUUGGAAGAGCUGCCCAAGUUCGUUUCAUCUCUACUCAGCAAACUAUAG